AACGGUUGCCAUAGCAGCGUUUGACGUCAUCGUGCGUGUGGUGCCCCUGCUGCCGGGGCUGGUGAUUGGAGGAAACCCCGUGUCUGCGGAGCGGCUGUAGCCUGUGAGCAGCGAGAUCCAGGGACAGAGUCUCAGCCUCGCCGCCGCCGCCGCUCAGAGACCACUUCGCCCGUCCAUCCGCCGCCACCCACCGGGAACACAGAACAUCCAGGCAUGGAUAAAAACGAGCUGGUGCAGAAGGCCAAACUGGCCGAGCAGGCUGAGCGAUAUGAUGACAUGGCAGCCUGCAUGAAGUCUGUAACUGAGCAAGGCGCUGAAUUAUCUAAUGAGGAGAGGAAUCUUCUCUCUGUUGCUUAUAAAAAUGUUGUAGGAGCCCGUAGGUCAUCUUGGAGGGUUGUCUCAAGUAUCGAGCAAAAGACGGAAGGUGCUGAGAAAAAGCAGCAGAUGGCUCGAGAAUACAGAGAGAAAAUCGAGACUGAGCUGAGGGAUAUCUGCAAUGAUGUACUGUCUCUUUUGGAAAAGUUCUUAAUCCCCAAUGCUUCACAAGCAGAGAGCAAAGUCUUUUAUUUGAAAAUGAAAGGAGACUACUACCGUUACUUGGCUGAGGUUGCUGCUGGUGAUGACAAGAAAGGGAUUGUGGACCAGUCACAACAAGCAUACCAAGAAGCUUUUGAAAUCAGCAAAAAGGAGAUGCAACCAACGCAUCCUAUCAGAUUGGGUCUGGCCCUUAACUUCUCCGUCUUCUAUUACGAGAUUCUGAACUCGCCAGAAAAGGCCUGUUCUCUGGCAAAGACAGCUUUUGAUGAGGCCAUUGCUGAACUUGAUACAUUAAGUGAAGAGUCAUACAAGGACAGCACACUAAUAAUGCAAUUACUGAGAGACAACUUGACAUUGUGGACAUCGGAUACCCAAGGAGAUGAAGCUGAAGCAGGAGAAGGAGGGGAAAAUUAACUGGCCUUCCAACUUUUGUCUGCCUCAUUCUAAAAUUUACACAGUAGACCAUUUGUCAUCCAUGCUGUCCCACAAAUAGUUUUUUGUUUACGGUUUAUGACAGGUUUAUGUUACUUCUAUUUGAAUUUCUAUAUUUCCCAUGUGGUUUUUAUGUUUAAUAUUAGGGGGAGUAGAACCAGUUGAUAUUUAGGGAGUUAUCUGUUUUCAUCUUGAGAUGGCCAAUAUGGGGAAGUGGAAUUUUUAUACAAGUUACAGAUGUUUGGCAUAGUACUUUUGGUACAUUGUGGCUUCACAAGGGCCAGUGUUAAAAUUGCUUCCAUGUCUAAGCAAAGAAAACUGCCUACAUAUUGGUCUGUCCUGGUGGGGAAUAAAAGGGAUCAUUGGUUCCAGACACAGGUGUAGUUAUUGUGGGUACUUUAAGGUUUGGAACACCUCUGAGGCUGUGGUAGAAACAGAUAGCCCAUGGGUCUCCCGUGUAUGGAGCCUUGUGUUUCUGGGGAGUGAGCAGUCUGAGCGCACACACCUGUGACUGCAGCUGCAGGGUGCUCCUUUAGACAAAGUCACCACCCAUUUACUCUGGAUAAGGGCAGAAACGGUUCACAUUCCAUUAUUUGUAAAGUUACCUGCUGUUUGCUUUCAUUAUUUUUGCUACACAUUUUAUUUGUAUUUAAAUGUUUUAGGCAACCUAAGAACAAAUGUAAAAGUAAAGAUGCAGUAAAAAUGAAUUGCUUGGUAUUCAUUAUUUUGUGUAUAUCAAGCAUAGCAGUAAA